CUUCCAGUAAAAUAAACAUGGAAUUAAAUUAAAAGUUCUGACAUUUGAUACUUUAACAUUGCAUUUCAAUAUCGUAAUUGUGUAGUCUAUUAGACUUCCACACAAAAAUGUCCAGCAUUUGAAGACAUUUAUGACAUUUACGUUAGACAUUUACAAAUAGGCGGUUGUAAUGUGGCGCCUAGAGUCAAAGAGACACCAAUAUUUGGCAGUGUAGGCUAUACCGCGGCACAUUUCAAAGCUUUUUCUAUGAGAUAUUUGAAAACGGAGUCGUGCAGUGAACGCCUGCGUGUCCCUUUUAAAACAAACCCAGCGCCUGUCAAUCAUACCACAUUCCAACCAAUCCCAAAGCGCCUUUUUUUAAAGCAGAUUUGCCUGCUGUGCUUUUAUAUUGCACCAUGGCCUGUUUCGAAGCAUUUUUACUACCACGGUUAUUGCCACAAAUCAAGAGGGCAAAGUGAACGGCAUGGGAGUCACACCAACUUUAACGAACUUGAGUCUGGUUCUUGCUCCUGCGAAGUUCACGGCCAAGAAUUUCACAUUCAGAUGAUAAACAGCAAAGAAAAUGGAAACAAUAUUUCUAGGUAAAUCUUGAGCACAGAAUUGGUUGAUUUUGCAAACUCACAACAAAACAUGACAACUCUGUCGAGGUUUAGUGGCUGCCUUCUUUCUUGCGUCAACCCCGGGGAGAGCAAUACUGAACCCAGCGUGGUGCUGCCACCUUUGGCAGGGGAGCACAUAGGGCACCCCACUGGCAGUUCCUUAAAGCUCUGCCCCUCGCACAAUUUGCGAGACUAUCCCGAGUCGAGGUACAGUGCAUAUGUUGACCAUUCGGUUCCCCAUUUUGCAGACUCUGGAUACCCCAGCCACCGGUUAGAGCACAGCCCUAGGGGCAUCAUCAUUGGAGCCAAUCGUUCUGGAGCCGGCAUGCCACCCGUCACUGAUCAACUAGCAUCAAGAAGUAACCAACAUGGCGGGAUUGGAAGGUACCGUGACCUGCCUAGCUAUAGAGAUAGCAGAAGCCACGCUUUUUUCACCGCUUAUCACGAGCAGGCCCAUGGCUCCUCCGACGCGACUCGAGACCUCUCUGGUCAAGUGAUGUUGGGUCUACCUGGGGACAUCCUCACCCGGACGCACCCUUACGGCCAGAGCAUCAGCGGCCCCAGGGGAAACAGCCAACAACUUGUCUCUCAGUUCCUGGGUCUCUACAAACCGCUGAACAUGGCAAUUCAACGUGGUGACGCUUUCCUGAGAUGCUCCAAACAGAACCUGAAGCACGAGCUGGUGUGUAAGUGGAGUGACAGCCAAGAGGGGGCUGGGAAGCAGCCCUGCGCCAGAACUUUCGGGACUAUGUAUGAACUUGUCACCCAUGUGACAGUGGAACAUGUCGGAGGACCAGAGCACUCUCAAUACGUGUGUCACUGGGAGAAUUGUCCGAGGGACAGAAAGCCUUUCAAAGCGAAAUACAAGUUGGUGAAUCACGUCAGAGUCCACACAGGGGAAAAGCCAUUUCCCUGCCCUUUCCACGGCUGUGAAAAAGUUUUUGCAAGAUCAGAGAACCUCAAGAUUCACAAGAGGACCCACACAGCAGGCUGUCUCUCCUCCGACAGACUGCGCUGUGAGAGAGCCAAGCCAUUAGACACUCCCAGUGCUGAUAAUGAAGGCACAAGAGGUGGUCCAAAGCAGCGUGAUGCGGUGGAGGAGAGAAGAGCAGGAGCGGAGAAGGAAGUGUUAGACCGCACCCUGUCUACAACAUCACAGCCAGUCAACACUGGGGCUGUGACUACUGGCAUGACUGGGACCAGUGUGGGCCCAGACUCCUCUCCUCCAUACCCAGACCGUAGCAGCUGAUCCCCAUCCCCACCAGGGGCACCUGGCUCCCCUCCCUCCUCUGGCUGGAUCAAUGACUAGAGCCAUCCCAUCCCAGGGACCAGGGGUCAGCAUCAAAAGCCCCCUGCCCACGUCCUUGCCACCUGGUGCACUCUUUAGGAUGAGGGGGUACACUUCCACCCCUCCACCCUCCUCCUGAACAGACCAGGCUGUUUGGACAUGGAGCCAGAACAGGGCCUUCGUGUGAUCUCCCGCGCCCCCUCCUCAGCUGCCCCCCACAGGGAGAGGGCCAGGGGUCAACCCCAUCAGACCACCACAGGGCUCACAGAGCCAUUUGAUGAGGGGAUCUGUUUUGGAUUUCAUAAUGCCCGCUGAAUCAUGAUCCUGAGCCCUCCUAAACUUGGUUAUGAUGUGUUAAAUGUGUAAUCUGUUUGUCAAAAGCUUCAUGUUGGAAAAAUGUUUGUUUUCAGGGAUUUAUGGAUGUGAAGUUGACCUGAUCAAUUAAGGCUUGUAGAUGACUGUUUUCCUGAUUUGAACAUACAGUACAUAUACAACAUUACUCACUUGACUUCAUUACUGGUUCAAAUGAACAUAUCGACAACAUACUGUUAUUUAUGAUACUGUUUAUUAGGUCAUUAAGUAAUUGGGGCAUAUAUGACACCAUAUUAACAGUUAUGAUAAUUAAUCUGACAUGUUUCUGACUAAUCACAAAAGACUUCCAUUUCACUAACUCCUUCAUAAUAAUGUACGAUGUGUCUCUACCUCACAGUCCUACCAAUGAAAAACUGGACAUGCAAUAUAAAAAAAAUGCGGCCACUCUUGAAGGACAAUAGAAGUUAAAUAUACGAGAAUAUGUUAUUAAAAUGAAUACCUUUUUGACAUUGUUGCCUUCAAUCCAGUGUUAGACUUUACUGACUGACUUUACUGACUCGUGGAAGUGUUUUAUGGUCAUUAAACUUUGAUACAACAUA